AUGUCACACGUCACUGGGAAUAGCACCUCUGCAGAAGCCAAUGUUCGCCGUUCGAUGGUGGGUGGUGGUAUCAUCGCAGCUCAGGCUGAAGUUGCCCAACAGCAGGAGGCCAUUCGAGAACUUGCAGCAGAGAAUGAAAAACUCAAAAAAGAAAUAGCAGCUGUUUCUGGAGUCCCAUAUGAUUACGUCAAGGCAGACAAGUACGCCACUUUAAAAGGUGAAGUGGAUGCGUUGGAGCGACGAUACCAAUUUGAAAAAAUGAAGAAGAAUGAGUUAACAAAAAAGUAUCAAUUGGCACGCAUCGAUCUUUUACAAAGUCGAAGACUAAAGGGAGGUGUGAAUGCUGAAAGGGAAAAUGCAGAGGCGGUACAACGGCAAGUGGAAAUUCUAGAAAACCGUCUAGAUCAGGCGUUGACAAACUUCAAUGAUGCUAUUUCAUACAAUAAGGAACUUCGUGACCACAUUGACAUUAUUCGAGAAGAACGUCGUGUUUUUCAGCGUGUAUAUAAAAAAAUGGAGGAUGACCUUAGGGCAAAAAAGAAACUCAUGUCAGAGCGUAUUGAACAAUCUAACAAGGAUUUGGAUGAACGUGAUGGUUACCUGCGUCAGGUAGAACAACUCCAGAAGGCAAUUAAAGAACAGAGACAGGAAUACGAUGGAAACGUGCGAGAGUUGGAUGCUGCUAUGGCAGAAAUUAAAGAGUUACGAGAAGAACAACAACAACUACAACUUGAACUUGAGGCACGUGAUUACGAAUUCGAGAAUGACCCAGAUAAUUUGAUUCAAAUAAGUACUAUGAAUUCAACUGAAAUUGCCGCAAAAGUGCGUGAGGCUCUCGAAGAGGCACAGGAAAAUUCGCGUGAUGAUAAGAAUGAUGUAAGCGAUACAGAUUAUACCACAGAGCAGGAACCCAAUCUCAAUGAGAUUAUGCAGCAGCUUGUAGAUUUUGCGCCUGAUGGAGAUUUGAAUAAGGUGGUGAAACAGUAUGAAACACUGGGUGAGAUAAACUUUUCUCUCUACAAACAUAUCAACGAACUGACUACAAGCCGAGAGGAAAUGGAACAUGACAUCCGUACAUUAAAAACUGUUAUCGCUGAAGAACAUGAUAAUGAGGCCCAACAGCAGCGUCUCAUCAAGGAACUUGAGGAGCGUCUCGCCGAGACAGAAUCAUUGUUAGAGCGCCUUCAAUCAUCUGUGAUACAACACAGAGAAGUACUUGCAGGCAUCCGAAGUGUCACAGAGGAAGUUUUCCAUCAAAUUGGAUGUACCACAGAUGGUGUAAAGGACCAAUUGGGUGGCGUUGAUCAAUGUACGGAGUCAAAUCAUCUAAAGUUUCUUGGAUUGAUUGAAGAACGGGCCACAAUGAUUAUUUGUGCCUACCAGCGUCGUCAACACUUUGACUCUACACAUGCGGAGUUAGUGGCACAGCGUAAGGCGGUACGUGCCCUCACUGGACCGGAUACUGCCGCCAACAACGCCAACGCUAACACCACAGCCAUUCCCCCUAAUGAAGUAAAGACCAGCCAUAAUCAAGAUGACAACCUUAAGAAGGACAGUUCACAACAUGCUGAAGAGGAGGAAGAGGAGAACGCCCUCACCGCCACUGCUGACUCCCAAAAGGAUGAAACCGAGGACGCCGUCAACCCCACAACAACAAAAUCACCAACACCAACAGGAGGAGCAGCAGGAACAACCACAACCACAACUGUAAUCGCCCCCGCUAACACUACCACCACCACUGACACUGACAUUGAUACUGCCCUUCCCGAAACGGAAGAUAUCGCACCAUUUCUCCCCGUUGUGCGGGGCCGUGGACAGGCGAGCGUUAACGCCGUGCGGCUCGUGCGGCAGGCCUGUCUGCCCAGCGCCCAUCUCGGCGGCGAGGAAGUCAUGGACGUGACGGAGGAGGGCGACGGCGAUCCGGUCGUCUCGCACGAGGAGAUACGGCGGCAGAUGGAACAGCGGCUCGUCUCGCGGCGGGAACGGGAGGAACGUGCACAGCGACGCCGCCGCGAACUGAAGGAGCAACUCAACGCAGUCCCCGUGACACCGCGGAAGAAGUAG